GUUUGAUCAGUUAUGUCAUUUUAUAAUGUCAUGUUAUUACUGUUAACAAAGUCCCACCCCUUCUGAUAAGCUAUAAAGUGAGAAUGAAACAGACUCAUUAAUUCAUUCAGCUCCUGGUCAAAGAUGGAUCUGCAAAUCUCAGUUUUUCUUCUGUUCGUUCUCUUCACUGCAGGACACUCUUUCAGCUGUUAUGAGUGUGUUAGUAUGACGGGUUCUUGUGCGGCUCAAAAGAUAAAAUCAUGUCCCAGUGGAUUCUCCAAGUGCAUGAGUGUCACAACAGUUACACAAUCUGGUGAAAUUAGUUCUCAAGUGAGUAUUAAAAACUGUACUGUUGACUGUCAAAAUGGGUCGAUGAACUUCGGUGUUGUAAAGGCAUCUUAUUCCUGCUGUGACACUGACCUUUGUAACUCCAAAGAUGCUCCAGAUCUCAGCUCCAUUGUCCCCAGUGGAAAGACAUGUUACUCUUGUGUUGGGCACAGCUGUUUAAACAUAAUGAACUGUUCAGGGAGUGAAGACCGCUGCAUUAAAGCAACAGGGAGUUUUGGAGGCCAGUCAGCAGUUGUAAAAGGCUGUCUCUCUAAAUCUAUUUGUGAUGCCACGACAUCUGUAAGUGAUGUUCAGGACAUCUCGUGUUGUUCAGCGAACCUGUGUAACGGUGCUGAGAGCGUCUCUCAGAGCUUCCUGUUCCUCUGCUGUUCUCUGCUCUCCUUCAUCCUGCUGCACUGAAUCCAGCAGAUCUUCACAUUCUACAAUCACACACACUGCACAGAAC